AUGUCACAGAAUACGCAAAAAGAAUCUAAGCCGUCUAGAAGUUCUUCUAUGAGAAAAAAGAAGAAGCUAGACGACAGCACUUAUCAAAAACCUUUCAGCGAUUACGAAGAACCAUCGUACAGAACAAGAGGAAUUUACGAUUCAGCAGCCACUGCUUCAAGCCAAAAUUUACCUCGACCGCCGCAAAGAAAACCUCCAAUACAACCUCCCUCGUUUACAUCAGUACCGCAGUCGUCCUAUGACGCUUACGAAUUUUUAGUUGACCAGCAGCCUGAUCAGAAAUUUUUUGCACAACAAUACAGUCAUGAUAUGCCACCGUAUUCUACGGAACCAGUAAACCAGCAAAAUCUUAAACCAAAGAUAAUAAAAACCUUUAAUAAAAAUCAGAGGCCUAGUUAUGAGUCUUACCUCGCUGACCUCAAAGCGAAAGAAGAGAAGAGGAAACAAAGAAAAGAAGAGAGAAAAGAGAAAAAAGCUGCCAAGCAAAUAAUAGAAGAUGAUUUAGAAGCGGGGUCAAAAUCACAGCUACCUGAAAGCGAAGCGAGAGUACCCACAGGAGGAAGUGUUGCACUAUUAGAAGUGCAACUGGGGGGGACUUUUGAUGAGACAUUACCUGAAGCAUCGCGUUACAACGAAACAUUGCCUUAUAACGAAAGAUUAGCCUCUAAUGCGGCAAUGAUCUAUAAUGACGGUGGAGAACAAGUCCCUUUGGAAUUCGCACCAGGAUUUCAUGGAGAACUCCCGAUGGAGGUUCUGCAGUACACAGAGCCUGAUUUGCUAGACGAAACAUUUGUAGAUGAUUUUCAAACAGAAGUUGAUACCAGACCUGAAUAUGAAAAGGAACUGGCUAAAUUACAAGCAAAACGAGAGAGAAAAGAGCAGAAAAGGAAAGAAAAAAAAGAGCGUAAAAAAAAGAAGAAAAUUGAACCUGAAAUAAACGAAGAAUUUUUAAGGUCAGAAACAGGUACAACAACAACCGGUGACGAACAAACAGAUACGGGUUGA